GGCUGUGCCAGUUCUGCAAACAGCAGAUGCAUGAGCAGUUUUAAAACGUACAUAAAUGAGUGUGAAGCAGAGUGACACGGUGGCAGGCGUCUGUGGCGAUGGGCAGGAGUUUCACCACCUGUAACCCUAACCGAUAAAUGACUCUUGGUUGCCGUUUGUUUCGUUCUGCUGGCAACUGACUGAUGUUGCACAACUGUCACACCCUGCCACCAAGUAGCUGGGUGUGUGUGCAUAAAGUGUCAAGUGAGAGAUGAGUCAAAAGGUUGAGGAGGGAGCAGGAUUUCCUUUAUAUUCUAAGAUGUGUUGAGUUGGACAAAGCUCUCUGGACAGUCAUCAUGUCACCCAGGUAAGUGCCAACAUCUCUGCCAGCCAAAUUUUUGUUUUCGUUCAUAUCCACCCAGUAAGCUGAUAUUGAUGUUUUUACUUCAGAAUCAUUGUGUACAGACUGCUACUGUUCCAUCCAAAAUAAUCCAAAAUCUGGUGUUACGGGAUUUGGGGUUUUUCUCCAGUUAAAAUGUUCUAUUCUUAAAAUGAUGUUGAGUUUGUGGUGUACCCGGCUAUCAGGGUGUGCCAUCUUUAGAAAACAUCUUUCUGCCAGUCUCAUUUCACAAGAUGCGUCAUCAUCAACCCACACAAAACAGUUAGAAGGAGUUACAUAUCCGGAAUCUGUGCCCUUUUGACCUGGAAAACACCCGGCAGCCAUGACAACAUCUGGAUCCCGAGCCUUUGUCAUUGUCCUCCUCCUCCUCGGCUCCCUCUCAUCCCUGCUUUAUUACAUCUUAUUGAAUGAGAAGCUCUGUCUGCAGAAAUAUCAUCUAGAUGUUCCUCAGAGAAACAUCAGCAUCCUGCUUUGGCACUGGCCGUUCGGCCGCUCAUACCAGCUUGACGGGAACAAAUGCCUUGAGAUGUACAACAUCAGCCGAUGUUUCCUUACUCAUAACAUCUCUUCUUUCUCUACGGCCGAUGUGGUUGUCUUCCACCACCAGGAGCUGAGCAGAGGUCUGUCCUCACUGCCCCUGCACCAGCAUCGCCCCGCCUCCCAGCACUGGGUGUGGUUGUCAAUGGAGCCUCCUAUCAACAAUGCGAACCUCACACAGCUGAACGGCCUCUUCAACUGGACGAUGAGCUACAGACGUGAUGCAGACAUAUCUAUCCCUUAUGGAAAGACCAUGCUAGGAGGUGAUGGACUAGGCUUUCAGGCUCCUCUAAAUCGCUCCUGUUUUGUCAGCUGGGUGGUCAGCAGAUAUCGGCCUCACCAGGCUCGGGCUGUUGUUUACCAAAGUCUGAAGAAGUAUAUACCCAUAGAGGUGUACGGCAAGUGGAACAAAAAACCCCUGUCAGACAAAGAGCUGUUGCCCACCAUUGCAAAGUGUCUUUUUUACCUGUCUUUUGAGAACUCUGAGACGACGGACUAUAUCAGCGAGAAGCUCUGGAGAAACGCUUUCCAAGCAGGGGCCGUGCCAGUGGUACUCGGACCCAGCAGGGCCACGUAUGAGGCACUGGCUCCCCCUGGUUCCUUUAUCCAUGUCUCUGAUUUCAAGAGCACAGCAGACCUGGCAGCCUAUCUGAAGCAUGUGGCUGCAGACCGGCAGGCCUAUGAGGAGUACUUCCAGUGGCGCAGCACCCACAGAAUUAAAACCAUCACUGACUGGAGAGAAAGGCUUUGUCACAUCUGUGUUAAGUACACCAGCUUACCAGCGAAUAGAGUCUAUCAGGACCUGGACAGCUGGGUUAACAGCUGAAAUUUGAUGUCUUCAGGUUGAUGAGGUGUUGAUUGGGACUGCCGAUACUGCUGUUUUACCACAUGCAAAUGUGAAAUACCAUACAGUGAAAUUUCAUGUAGAAUUACAUGUGUCUCAGUCAGCAAUGCAGCUUUGGUAAGCAGGGAGGAACUGCACAUCACAGAAACAAAUCUCUGUGGUUGGGUGAGUUGGCAGUGCACUGUACAAAAAAGAAGAAGUGGGAACUCAUGUUUGAACCACAGAGGCAAGUUUUUCUUCACAACAAGUUACUGACGACUGUAAACAGUGAUGGGUGUUUCAUUAUUUUUCCUUAGCCUAUAUACGCUUUUCCUGUGCUUCUCAAAAAUAAUUGUUUGCUAAUUAAAUUACAGCUGGUAACCUACUGAGUAAAAGCCAUUAUCAGUUUCAACGGGAACAUUCUAUUUAAUAACGUUCACUGUCAGGCAUCAUGAUAAAACUAGCAACCAGUGAAUUAAAGAAUAGACAGGCUAAUUUCCAUCAAAAUAAAGCCAUGCUCUGCACAACAAGAGAAUUCUGUUAAAAUGUUGAAUCAAUCCAGUGAUCAUCUGACUUUUCCAUAGAUUAAAUAUGCUUUUAAGUCAUUAAUGGAAAGUCAAAGUAUUUAUGCUGAAGUUUUUUUGAUUUAACCUAUCUACCGAGAUGCACAUUCAUAUGACCCACAAUCGUGGUCUCUGUUUCCAUGCCCAUAAAUCUUAAUCGGGCAUGCUGUCAUGACUGUGGCUGAUGGGGGUUAAUAUCUAAAAAAAAUAAGUGUGACCACUUCUUUUAUAUUUUGAAAACUGUUUAUUUUAGAUCCAAUAUUUCCAGGGAUACACCACAUCCUGAAAUAUAUGUACACAUUUUAGUUGAACACAUUUGAAUGUACUCAAGGAACAAACUGGCUCAAUUCACCCCCCUCUCCCCUACCUGAUUUUCUAAAUUUUUGCAUCUGCCCAGCUUAUUAAUAUCUGGCAUAAGUGCAUGUCUCUUUGUACGGCAUUCAUCAAGUUAAAGCUCUCCUACUUAACUGCUCUUACAGCUGGGAUGGCAGCUCAAUUCUUUAAUGACUGGUUCUAAGGAAGGUAGGAAUGGCAAAUGUAGCCAAAUUAAAGUAGAUUACUAGUUCAAAAAAUGCUUGAGUAAAGAGUAAAAGCGCAGAAAGUGAAAGGUUAUUGUUCCUAAAAAAUACUUCUUCCCACCUGAGAAGGUUUGGUUAAGGUUAGACCACGGAAACUACUUGAUUACGCAAAACUAACUUUCAUUGGAAGGUUAUAAUAGACAUACAACUUUAUUUGUCUUGCAGUAAGCACUUAACAUUUUUACUAAGUGCUUUAACUAAGGGCUAGAGUGUUGACACAAAAUUUGGCAUCAAAAAUCAGAACUGAAAAAGAAAACAUUGGCACUGAAAAAUUUGUAUUUCAGAAAGUUGUGUUGGCACUGAAAAAACUUUCACUGAAAAAUAAAACACAUUUUAUAAUUAUUCUUCAUUAUGUUCAUGUUAUAAGUGGUAGGUUUUUUACGCUGUCAGAUUUUUUCACUGUCACUGGUUUUAAGUUUCAACUUUCUGUGAGCAUUUUGGCGAGGAGGGGUCUGAGGGGAGGGGCAAGGGGAACAUCAUUUACAUAUAAUCACCACUGUAAUGAGAGAACAUCACCCAUCCAGCAGCUGUCCUCUUGUCCUCUUGUCCUCUUGUCCACCGUCCACUUCAAAGCUUCUGGCAUCACUGCAAAGAAAUAAGUCUGUUUCUCUCUGCAGUUGUUUUCUCACAUUACAACUGGCUGGGUGAGACUCACUGUUUCAUUUCCUCUUUUAGUCUGUAUCAUAGUGCACAUGAAGCUGCAGAAUGCAGUUAGAAAGUGAGUUCUUUAAAAAUAGGCUGUGCAUAAUCUGACAGUGUUUUAACACCAUUAAACUGACUUUGAAUUUACUACAUUUGUUGAAGUAGCUGAAAUAAAGCCAUUGAAUGCUGUUGAGCCAAGAUCCAGAUGCAUCAGGUGCAUUUCUGUAGCUAGUAUGAUGUACGUGACAAAUCAUAUUUUUACAAGAAUUAAAUUUGGAUUUGAAACCUGA